AUGCUCGACUACGAUGCCUUCCCCCAUGUCAUCGAGCGCAUUGUUUGCUACUCCGACACCCGCACUCUCCUUUCGCUACGUGGCGUGUCUGAGCAUUUCAAGACCUUGGCGACCAACCUCCUCCUUGAGCAUGUGACCCUCACGGACGAGUACAUCUACUUUCAACCGCGCGCUGCCGGCCUCAGGAUCCCCUGGACCCAUGCGUCUUGGGUUACCAUGGAGCUACAGAAAGUUAAAGCCGUGGACAGCGACAUGGAGGCGGAAUGGGCGGAGGACGAGGGGGAUAACCUCGUCCCCCUUAACCACGAGGGCGACCUUCCAUACGCCUUUGGCAACUUAUUCCUUGUCCUGCCACGCACUAUCGAACACCACGUCCUCACAGGCUCCAACGGAUACUGCUCGGACGACGACGACGACGAGCCGUGCUGUGCUGUUCCCGAUCUGUACCAGCUGAACGGGCGUCUCUCGUCGACGGACGUUCUUCGCACGCGCAAGUCGCCGUUCCUCGAUGCGCCCCACUUGGUGUGUUUCUGUGAACUCGAGACCGAGGGCGAGGGCGAGGACGGCGUCACAGCCACCCAGCCGACCAACGUCAAGUGGCAAAAGUCAUGGGGUGACCUGGACAUCGGCACAACGAGGCUCCAAAGCACGGUCACCAACUUUGUCUACGACAACAACCCACUCACGCCUUGGGCCAAGCCCUUUUUCCCAAACAUUUACAUUCCCGACGUCAUGGACGAGGUCACGGUGAUGAUCACGCGCGGUCCAUCUCGCACCUAUGCUCGCGCCGCCACACUCGCCCCGCGACAAAUGCCUUUCCUCGUCAUGCUGGCCACGCAGGUACCCUUGCGGCGCGAGCUGGCCGUCAAGGGCACGUUUGUGGGGUACGAGACGUGGGACUUGAAGUGGCUGUAUGGCGACAAGCAGAUCCCAAAUUUCGACCCGGGCGUCCCGACGUCCACGCACAUCGUUAACCAGAUGACCGCGUUACUGUACUGGGCCUACAAACAUGAGCGGGAAGAUGUCGUCAACAGGGGACUGUACUAUCCCGCACUCAUGACAACCUGGAGGUUCAUCACCUUUGACGAGUAUUGCACAGAGAUUGGCGAGGCCGCGUUCGAGCUGCAGGUCAAGUGGUAG